GAGUUCGGUGUCCGAACUUCUGUCCCCCAUGGAGGGGUCUGGCGAGCUGCUGCUGGACGCCAAGUCUCAAGUCACCAACCAGCUGAUAGAUUUUCAAUGGAAACUGGGUAUGGCUGUAAGUUCCGACAAUUGCAGAUCUCUUAAAUAUCCUUAUGUUGCAGUCAUGCUAAAAGUGGCAGAUCAUUCAGGCCAAGUAAAGAACAAGUCCUUUGAAAUGACAAUUCCACAGUUUCAGAGUUUCUGCAGACAGUUCAAGGAAAUCGCGGCAAUUAUUGAAACUGUGUGAAAACUGAUUGCUUUGUUGAUAAACUGCUAAAAUCAUUCUAAAAUCGUGAACUUCACUUUUUGCAGCAAAACUGCAUAAGGAUCAAAUGAUAUUUAUUGAGUGAAUUUUGCACUUUUGUUUUUCCAUUAAAAAAAUAAUAAAUCAGAUAAACAGGAAUUAGUGGUAAUUAAUAAUACCAUUGUGAAUACGCUAAAAUUAUAUAUUGG